AUGCCGCCACCUUCACCGCCACCGGUGGUCCGACGGUGGUAUACCGACGAUGAGCGUGAGAGUGAAGAAGGGAGAGUUCUGUCGAGAAUCGGAGGUUCCAUCACCAUGGUCAAUACCUUUGUUCUUGUCAAGACCAUAUGCGAUGGCAGCAACCAUGGAUUCGUUGAAUUAUUCCGUUCGUAUAUCAAACAAUAUGACGGUUGGACCCUCAUGGUGAUAUGUGAUCUACAUAAUCAUCCACCUGCAGAAUAUAUGGAGGGACAUGCUUUUGCUAUGCGGUUGAAAGAACACAAGAAACAAUUGGUGGCUGACUUGACAAAUCAGAAUGUUUCACCACAUGACAUACUCUCGAUAUUAAAGGAGUGCGACGAGAAUAAUGUUUCUACACUAAAAACCAUAUACAAUGAGCGUCUCAAGAUUCGCUCGUCCCGAAAUUAUGGAAAAACUCCAAUGCAGGUUCUAAUGGAAAUUUUGAACGAGAAAUAUUUUGUUACGGAGUUCUCCGUAAACAAUGUUUUAAAUUAUCUGGAUGAAGUUUGGUUAAACAAAUACAAGGAAAUGUUUGUCUUAGUCUGGAUCGAUCAACAUCUCAACUUUGGACAACGAACUACAAAUAGAGUUGAGAGUGCACAUUCAAAUCUAAAGAAGUACUUGGAUGGCACAAAUUCUUCUCUUGAUAAAUUUAUUGGUUGUCUUGAUCGAUUUGUGAGGUCUCAACUUCCAUCGAUACAUGAUAGUCUUGAAAAGAAUAGAAUUGUUCGUAAACGGGAACACGACUUGCCAUGUUUUAGAUUAUUGUGGGGUUCAGUGUCACAUGAAGCUUUCGAUAAACUAGUUGGGGAACUUUAUUGGUUGAGUGAAAAUCAAAUUGACUCAUCAAACUGUGGUUGUAAACUACAACAUAAUUGUGGCUUACCAUGUGCUUGCAUGUUAUCAAUUUACUUGAACUCGGGUGAGUAUAUUCCAUUAGAUUCGAUAGAUAUAUUCUGGAGAAAGCUUGAUUUAUCAGAGUCAAGUUCUGUAGCAAAUGAGGAUAUUCAUUGUGAGGAUGAUUUAGAAAUGAUUAAAGAAAAGUUCUAUCAACAGUCAAUAGCAGGAAAAAAAAGUAUGAUAAGAAAGCUAAGAGAUAUCUUCCUACCAAGUAAAACACGCAUUAAGGAACCCGCAAUUCAAAAAAAUACUCGUGGACGACCAAACUUGAAGAAACAACAACAAAAACGAGUUGAUUCUACAAAUCAAGCUCCCAGAAGACGUAGCUAUUCAACCACAUCAAAAUAUGAUGGAUUGAAUUCAACAUGGAUGAACAAGGAACCCGAAAGACAUAGUUCAUAUGUAAUCGUAAUUCCAGACAUGAAUGAAGCAAUUCUAGAAUUUGAUGAAGCAAUUACAGACAUGAAUGAAGCAAUUCCAUACCUGAAUGAAGCAAUUCCAGACUCGAAUGAAACAAUUCCAGGCUUAAAUAAAUUUCUGGAUUCGAAACAAGAGCCUCAAUGA